AAAGAUAACCAUUCUAGACCAGUUACAUUUGGAGCUGGCUUGUUAUCAAGUGAAGGUAGAGAAUCCUAUUCUUGGUUGUUUGGCUGUUUUGUUCGAUGCAUGGGGGUAGCACCCAAAUUGAUUAUCACUGAUCAAGAUUGGGGGAUCAAACUUGCUGUUCAACAAGUACUUUUACAAACAAGGCACCGAUGGUGUAUGUGGCAUAUCAUGGUUAAGGUGUCAGAUAAGUUGCCCAAAUCUUUACUUGGUAAUGAAGAUUUCAAAAAAGAGUUGAAUGCAUGUGUUUGGUCUGAUUUGUUAGAGCCUGAUGAGUUUGAUAUAAUAUGGAAUGAUAUAAUGGAACGGUAUGGAUUAGAAGACGUGCACUGGUUUGGAUCAAUGUUUGAAGAUAGAGAAUUCUGGGUUCCUGCUUAUUUUCGAGAUUUUCCCAUGGGGUCGCUUCUUAGGACUACAUCGAUGUCUGAAUCGGAGAAUAGCUUUUUUAAAAACUACACAAAGCCACGUGCAAAUCUUGUACAGUUCAUCAAUUUCUUUAAUUAUGUUGUGGGAGAUCAAAGGAAUGCCAAUUCACGAUUGAACUACUUGGAUUACUCAACUAUUCCUGAUUUGUCAACCCAAUUGCCUAUUGAGAAGCAUGCAUCUACAAUCUACACUGAUUCUAUUUUCAAACAUGUACAACAGGAAAUAAGUAUUGUGUGUGAGAUUGUUUCUAUAACUACUGUUGAGGAUAACAUCAAGAAGCAUCAGGUCAAGGACCAAUAUGGUAGAACAUUGGAUGUUAUGUAUGAUUGUAAGCAAGACACAUUCGACUGUAGUUGCAAGAAGUUUUCCAGAAUUGGUUUGUUAUGUUGUCAUAUAUUUUGUUUGUUGAAGAAUAAGUCUGCUAAUCUCAUUCCUGAGAAAUAUUUUGGUCGAAGGUGGUUGAAGAGCUCUUUACUAAAGGCAGCACAUGGUCUACCAUCUGAGGAACAACAACCAUUUGAACAUUUGGAUGAAAAGCAGGAAGUUAAGAAAAAGUUGUUCUCCAACUUUUAUCGAUUAGUCCAAAAGUCUGAAGGAAGUAUGGAUCAUUUGUCUUUGUUAAGUGCUGGUCUUGAUGAUUUGGAACAGCAUAUGUUUGGAAAUUGUGCAGCACCUUCAGUCAUUGAAAAGAAGAAGAUGGUUGAGGAUUUUUAUGGAAUGGCAGUACCUGAUGUAAUUGAUGUACAUCCUCCAGACGUUGUUAGUACUAAAGGAUCAGCUAGUGGCAAAGUAGCAAAGAGGCAGAGUGCAAUAAGGAAAGCAAAUAAGCCUCUACGACGGUGUGGUAAAUGUCAUGAGAUGGGUCGUCAUGAUUCAAGAAAUUGUGGUAGAGUCAAUGAGAAGUCAGAUUGAAGCCAUUUGAUAUAGUUUAGGUAUUUUAGGUGUAUAAAAUGACAUUUUGGCUGAUAAACUCAUUCUUUUGUUUAUAAACUGAUAAAAUGAUACUUUAACCUGAAAAAAUGACAUCAAAAAUGAUA